GCGUGUGUGUGUGUGAGAACCUGCUACUGGCUGCUUCAUCCACAGCCGCAGUCAGUCAGUCAGUCAGUCAGGCGGUCGGUUCCACUGGUGAGUGGAAAAAGUCUCCUUUACAACACGAAACUCUGGAAAACAAAAAGUGCGGACAUGUUAGAUUAAUCGACAAGCUAGCUUUUAGCGGAGAGGUGCGCGAGGCGAGGAUUUGUGGGCUGCACGUGGAACGAAGCGUCGUUUUCAACACAUAAACUGUUAAGAACGUACCUCGUUGCCGCCUCUCGGAACCAGCCGGUCCUGCUUGUUGCCCGAGAUGAGUGCCAAAGCAGCCAUCCACAAGGAGGUCUUUGUACCCCACGACGAGAAGAUGCUGGCAGCCGUGCAGGUGAAGCGGAAGACCAAGAAGAAGAUCCCGUUCCUGGCAACCGGUGGCCAGGGGGACUACUUGACCUUCAUCUGCCUCUCAGUGACAAAUAAGAAACCAGUGCACGUCACCAUCACGAAGGUGAAGCAGUUCCAGGGAUCAUCUGCCUUUGUGAAACGGUCACAGUGGACAAUCGACCAGCUACGGCAGGUCAAUGGCAUCGACUCCAACAAAGACUCUCCGGAGUUCGACCUGACGUUCGACAACGCCUACGACCAGUGGGUCGCCGGUUCUGCGGGAGAAAAGUGCACCUUCGUCCAGAUUCUUCACCACACCUGCCAGCGUUACAUCCCCACACGGAAACCAGAGUUUGUCAACUGUCAGUCCAAACUGCUGGGAGAAGCCCAAGCUGUAGAUUCAGUCAUUGUCCGUUGCAAAGUGUUUAUGAACAGAGUGAGGAAAGAUCUGGUGGCUCAGCAUAGUCAUCUCCGAAAACGAGGUAACAGUAUACUCCACUCAGCCGCCGACAGCGUGACGAGCGCCGUACAGAAGGCCAGCCAGGCUCUGAACGAGCGAGGUGAGCGAUUGGGCAGGGCUGAGGAAAGAACUGCCGACAUGAUGAACAGCGCCGAACAGUUUGCUGUCACAGCACACAAGCUUGCCAUGAAGCACAAGUGUUAAAAGAGCCACUGCCAAAACCAACUGUGGGCUCGGCAGGGGUGGGACGGGUCCUCGCCAAUUGCCCAUCGCCGUCCAGGAUGCGGACCCUUGGAUAUUUGUUGUGUUUUUGGGAAAAGACAUUCUAAUAUUUGCGUUAUUGCAUUCGGAGAUGAAAGGAGGAAGCUGUUGACUUGAAGCCAUUUCACGAAAGUCUGUCUAAUCCUCUUCUCACGCUGAUAAGUUGUACGAUUUUUUUUUUUAUAGCCGUUUUCAUCUUUUGUCGUUUUAUGCACAAAGCAACGAUCAUAUGGUUUGAUCCGGGAGACUCCCAGAGACGUUUCCUGUUCCGAAACCGUCCCCACAUUAACAAUACGACUACAUUCCCAGUAGGCAAAUAAUCGUAUGCGUGCUGCUAACAGAGAACAUGUGUUCUCCUUUUUAAAAUCGGUAAACCCACAAGAGUCCAGGGAUGCUCCCUUUUGGAUUGUUGGGGAUUUCUUUAAAUUGGGGUUUCCCGAACUUUUCAAGAACCACAUUUGACUAAAAUGCAGUACAUCAGGUCUUACAAUAACAGUGUUGUACUGUACAUACACUAGUGUCCAUGGACCAAAGAAAAGAACACAUCCUGUAUUAUUAGACACAUUUCACCCUAACUCACCCAUAACAAUUGGGAAACCCUGCUUUAAGCUGUGGAUUUGUCCAUUAUUCCAUAAUAUGUGAAAGCAGUAUUUAUAAAUACAAUAUCACAUUUGUAUCCUAUUAACCUGAAUAUUUAUACAUGCAAACCAACCAGCUGGCACUAAAUAGUCAUAGCUUUUCUUCCUGUCACUCACACACACACACACCACUGGACUCUAGAGUGAAAAUAUUUUUUAUUUCAAUCUUCCAGUUGCUGAAAAUGUGAUUUUUAUUUUUUCAAAAUAUGUAUUUGUUUUUGUUUCUUCACAGACGGCUUAUAUUCGGGUUAAUACACGAACCACAAGUCAGACUGAAACUUAUUUCCUGUUGACCCUGACCCCAAGUUUGGGGUAUCUUGCUUGAAGUUAUGUUGUCCAUUAUUUCUAAAUAUAUAAAAAAAAACAGUAUUUAUAAGUAAAAAUAUCACUUAUACCACAUUGACCUGAAGGUAGGACAAUAAUCUGAAAAAUAAGAUACAUUUAUCCUACAUUCUGGAUAUUUCUAGUAUACAAUUUACAUAUAUGCUGGAUAGAGAAUAUACAAAAGACCGGUCGUCUUAUAUUUGGGCUUUCUUUAAUUCAUAUUUAUACAUACAAACUAACAGGUGGGGCUAUUCCCCUUAUCCCCAAGCAAGUCAAAGGUUUUUUUCCCGUCACACACACACGUGCGACAAUGACCUGGAGAGACUCAGAGACUCACUCAAGCCCAAAGUAUGAAAUACAUUUUUUUCCUCCAAAAAAAGAUUUGUCGUCUUAUAUUCGAGUCAAUAUGGUAUAGUUCACAAACCACAAUGGAGACUGAAACAUAUACUGUAUACGUCAACUCUAGCCCGCUGUGGAAGAACAGAAUAUUUUCCGUAUUGGAGAAUUGAUGUUCCCAGAAGGCUUGUCGCUCGGAGCUUCUGCGUUGUGAAAAGCAGUAACACAUGCAAACCUUCAGUAGAGCUGAUGCUUCCUUCCCAUGCGUCCCAUGGAGUGUUUGAAUUCAGUGGCUCUCAAAAUGGCUUCUUGUGUAAUCUUUGGUCCAUCUCAAAACACAAUGUGUCGUAUUUGUGCUAUCUUUGAAGGCUACUUGGCUUCCUCGCUGAUAACGCUGACGCCGCCACUUGCAGUCAGGAUGUUGUUGAUUUUUAACAUUUUUCUUUUUUAUUGUACAUUUUCUAAUCGACGACGUUUCAACGCGCUGCCAGUUCAGUGGAGUUCAGCUCUUUUAAUAGGAAGUGUGGCCUAAAAAACUCAGUGUGCGCUUUCAACUCCUCUGUAUAACACAAAGACUUUGGAUGUUUUAUUGUUUUCAUAAUAAAAAGAUGUCUAAUCCAA